AUGCGGCCGGACUGUGGUAGCGUGGUCAAUUGUCUGCGGACCGAGAUUGUGGGCCGACAGGGCUCUGGGUGUUGGCCUUGGCGUCUCCGCAAUUUCACAUGCUGGCCGUCAACCCUCAUGCCUAGCUCCUCAUCGCCCUCUGUGGCAGCAAGAUCAUCGACUGGACAUACGAUGUUAUUUCGCCUGGGUUCCUUGAGAAUUGAGCUCAAUCCAUGGAACCCGCUUUAUGCAGUAGCACCAUUUAUCACGAUAUUGGUGUCCAUCCCACUGGCAAUAUUCGCUGUGGUCACCACAUCCAUCGCACUUUCUCUCUUGGCCUUUCGGGGAUUUGUAGUUUACACGCAACUGGGUACUGCAAUUUUGAGCGCAUGGAUGUCUCCAGCACCACCGAAGCCUGUUGCUCUACAGCACCAGCCCGCCUCCCCGAAAAGAACGUCUCCGCCCCGCAACCGCAACGGACGAAGUGGUAGCAAUGCCAGUGGGGCAUCCUCACGAAAUGACGCGACCACUGCUUCCCGCCUUGGGCCAAAAAGUGAAUCUUCCACAGCCCUAUUUGGGGGUAGUGAGCUCACGCGCGACUAUGAGGGUGUAGGUGGCUGGAGGGAUACAGGCAACGAAGAUGAAGAGGCAUUGUGGAUAGGCAUCAAUUCAAGGUUGCAGUUGCCGGCUGCAACGCCAGAUCGACGGCAUCAGCGCCGCCACACAGGUGGGCAAAGUCCUAAUCAGCGCUGGAGCCGGAGCCCAGAGGCCUUUCGAAUGAGCCCUGUCCAGAGCAGAGCAAGGACACCGAACCGAUUCAUGGGCAACGCAGGACCCGACAAUGAAGACUACUUCCCCAUACAACCGACAAACAAAGCACGUCUCAUCAGCACUGUGUCCGACCCCUCGAAGCGACAUAAUCGGCGGCUAAGCGGUAGCGCAAGCAGUGUUUCCAGCCUAGCUUCAGGCAUAAUGGCUGCUGUCAGAGAAGUCGGUGAAUGA